CCCAUCCUCGCAAGGAUCUGGAGGUUUAGGUCAUUUGCUUCGACUCUGGGUCGCAGCCUGAGCUCUAGGUUCCUUAACGUUCAUAAUAGAAGAAUCCAACCUGCGUAUUUGGUUCGUAGAGGUCAUUGGAUGUGUUGACCUUGGUCGUCACGCAAUACUUCCUUCAAUUUGAAACGAGUCAUUCUGCAGUAAUGUGUUUCCACAUUGGGAUUUUCCAUCUUUUUGCUUAAGGUUCUGUUUUUUCUGAUUGGUGUUAGUGCUCUGAUUGUACCUGAUUUUACUUAUCGGUAUUGGAGUUAGUCAACCGGCGUUGAGGAUUUGAGCCAUCAGUAACGCUAGUCUUGCAACAAAAAGUCCUUAUCUUGGCAGAUCCAACUGAUGUGAUCUCUUUUUAUGGAUCUAUUAGCUAGGCAGAACAUUCACGUAUUGACAAAAUAGAACGGCACUGUAACCUAGCGUACAGAUGGAAUUUUAACUGGUGCCCUAUAAUCAUUUUCAGCAUGAAAUACGAUACAUUAAUCUUUUGAGAAUCAGCCACAGGAGUCCCAACCCACCUCCGAUGUGUCUAUGAGCUCUGUAAACACAUCAGCAGCAGAAAUGGAUGCAAUUAGGAAACGAGCAAGUGCGUUCAGAGAUUCAGUGGCCAAGCAACAGCAGGCCGUCUUUAAGUCCUUUUCAAGUCACGGUUCAGGAGACCAAUUGAUUAUUGAUGAGGCAGAGCUUCAACGACAUCAUCAACUCGAGAGGCUUUAUACCUCUACAAAGAUUGCAAAGCACUUUCAACGAGAAAUUGUGCGUGGCGUGGAGGGCAUUAUAUCUACUGGCGUCAAACAAUACGAAGUUGCCAACAAGCUUGCCGACGAUUGUCGCAAGUAUGCCACAGAAGGACCCAGCAGUUCAGGGGUGCUUGCUAAAGCUUCCUUUCAUUUUGGAAGUGCCCGCAAGCAGAUGGAGAACGAGCGCGAUAAUAUGCAUCGAUUUAUCGGUACCCAGGUGGCAGAACCUUUGAGAUCAAUGGUGAUGGGUGCUCCCUUAGAAGACGCACGUCUCUUGACACAGCGGUAUGAGCGCUUGCGUCAAGAGGCUGAAAACCAGGCUUUGGAUGUAGGAAGAAAGCAGGUCAGGAGCAAGGAGGGGAAUCCAGACGCCGAUCAGAAGCUUCAGUUAGCUGAACAGAAAAUGGGAGAACUUUUAUCAGCCAUGGCUGUACUCGGGAAGGAAGCUGCUGCUGCCAUGACUUCAGUAGAAGCCCAACAACAACGGCAAACAUUGCAACGACUGAUGUCCAUGGUUGAAGCUGAACGCGCAUAUCAUCUGCGGGCAGCAGAGAUUUUGGAACAGCUCCAAGGACAAAUGGCAUCUGAGCGUCAACGGAAUGAAACAAACGCACCAUCAACGGGCGAUUCAUAUGCACCGCCCUCGUAUGAUGAUGUCAAAGUCAACGACGCGUCACAGCAUGAGAGUGGCUCUAAGCCAUCAAAGUCAUUGUAUUUCCUUGCAGAGGUGAUGUACCCAUUUGAACCAGAAGAGGGAGGCGAGUUAGGCUUACAAGUUGGAGAUUAUGUGGUUGUCCGUCAGGUCUCUUCAACUGGAUGGUCAGAAGGAGAAACUAGAGGAAGAGCAGGAUGGUUUCCAUCGUCACACGUUGAGAAGAGGCAACGUAUCCCUGCAAGUAAGGUGGUUGAUGUUGGCCUACAAGUUGCUUAGUCAAACUAUUUUUUUUUUUUUUUUUUUUUUUAAAGUUCUGUAGCGGUCUUCUGAUAUAACUUAGAUUUGAUCCACGUCAGACUUGUCUUUCUAGCAUCACCACCACUGCCAGCCCCACUAAUAUUGAAAUGUUACACAAAUUGCAAUUCGAAGAUGCAGUGUGAGGUGCUACAGUAUGAUGACCAUUUUCUGUCCCCCAUAAUGCUAAUCUGUUAGUCGUAGUAAUUCUACAUUAUGAAAAUUAUCAACAUUAUCAAAUGAAUAAAGUAUUUGAAAUAAACACUGCAUGUCUCCUACCA